AUGCGCAGCAGACCGGCAGUCACCUGGACACAAAUGACACGAGCCAUGCACAAGCCCCUGAAGCGCCAGCGCACCACCAGCUACCAGUUCAUCGAAACUUCUUCCUCGCUAGGUGCAAUCCCACCGAAGCCAUACUUUUCAAAAGAGCGACCACUUACUAUAGCCGGACACCACGCAGUUACUCGACAGCUUCCGAUACCAAUCUUCACUAUGAACUUCCAAAUGGCCUUACUUGUGUGUUGCGCGGCUGUAGUCGCGCUGGCUCAUUCACCUUUGCAGAGAGCAGCACCAGGGUUCCACGGACCAUCAUCGGCGAGCAAUGUAACAAUCUGGCACGAGGAGCUCAAUGAAACAUCGGGCAGCUUCUUUAAGCGCUGGCUCUCCAUCCCUGAACUCCCAAGCGCCGGUGUCAUGCAGCUUCCCUACAUUUAUCCAUGGCCUAGGACUUGCAGUAGCCCACCAAAGCGACCUGUGCGAUACUGCUACGACAACGCGAGAUCAGCGAGAAACCUUGGACCUUUAAUGGAGGUGGCACAGGCAGCGUGGGCCGCAGCCAUGAUGAAUCCGCAAGGACAAGUAUCUUCUCUGUCCAUUGAGCCGGAUCCUGGAUGUCCAAGAGACGAGGAUGGUCAGCUCAAGCCAGACUGUCUUUGCCUUUCUGGGAGAGUCCGAAAGGAUACUCUGGUGAUAUCUGAUGAAACCAAAGACGGCGACGAUGACUUUAAUGACAGCCCGGACCUGACCGACCAUGGAGACACCAAUUACGCUUUUGCGCAUAUGAGCCAACGCAUCCCGAUAGAGGCUUCGAUUCGGCCAGUCGAGAUCUCACCCAUGAACUCGGUAAACUGCGCUCAGAAUGAGCUUUUCCAGCUGUAUUAUGAAUUUGUACUAAUCGAUGUGCUAGGACAUGCCAUGGGACUGCAUCACGAACACCAGCGACCUGACCGCGAUCAAAGCCUCGUUUUCACUUGUCGAUACGUCAGAGGCUACUUUGAAGUUCGCAACGAAGUCGAUGCCGAUGAGUUUGGGCUCUUUGCGCAGGCUGGCAUGUCAGGUGCUUCAAAAGAUCAGAAAAUGGCCAGAGUUUGCUCGAGCUGGACUUUUGCGGAGAAGUACUUUCCAGAGCUGGCAGACUUUCUUAGAGCGGAUCAGUUCGACUUCGAUGGUGACAUUCUAUAUAAAACCAGGAUGCAGCGUACUGAAUGGUCUCACACUUUUGAUCUUGACAGUGAGUACAAGACUUUUGAUACCAUCGAUGAUGCAGUGCUGACCUUUGAAUCAGGCAUCAUGAUCUACGACUCCGGAAUGGCGAGCAUGGACUCGACACAACGACAUUGGGUUCUGAAACGUCGAGAUGGCUCCGAAAUCAUCAUGGGCGGCAGCAAGAACGAAGCAAGAAUCACUGAAGGAGACGUCGCCAGAAUCGCAACGCUGUAUGCCGUUGACACGCAGCAGAAUCGUAAUGCCAGGGAGGGCAAUACUGGCAACGACUGGACAGCCGUACACAGAUUGCCUGAAGACUUUGGAUCUGACUCUGGUGAAGACGACUCCGAUGAUGAAUCUGACGCCAAGGUGAAGAGGAAAGUGGAGCCAAGGACUAUGACGAUCAAGAUUGGAAACAGUGAUCCAGUGAGGUCUGAGUGGAAAUUUCUCACAUAUCCAAGGCAGCGAGCGAGCGGAGGCAUGAAAAAUUCAAACACAGAAUGGACGGCUUCUCUCCUCUUGAAGAAACUGCUCUCAUGUCUUCUGAGCAAGUACGAGUUUCCUGCAAUGUCGAGCACAACAUCUUAUUCGAGUCCUGAUCGCGUCGUGGUCUUGAUUGAGUACUCUUUGCAAAAAUCCCACAUACAACACACGACAUCUCCUUCCCUCCCGAAAACCCAACCUCCUCGCCAUUUCCAAGACUUCACUUCCACGCCUUGCCCUUCAAACUCCACCCCUUCCCCUCCUGCCCUCUACAUCCCCAUCAUCUUCACAGCAUCUCCUCCUCCAUCAACCCAAACACCAUCACAUCUCCAGAUCCACACUCCAUUCCACUCAUCUCAGCUCACCCUAGAUCCUUUCCCUCCCCCUUCGCAGACAUAA